GUAAAGUAAUCGACAUGAAUCUCGUGCUUACAGGAUUAUUCUUCUUGAUGGCAAUCGAGAUCUAUUUUGCACCAUUUACAAAAGUAGAAGAAAGUUUCAACUUACAAGCAACUCAUGACUUACUUAAUCAAGUGGACCAUUACGAUCACUUACAAUUCCCUGGGGUUGUGCCGCGAACGUUUGUAGGUGCAACCCUGUUGACCGCCUUAUGUUGGCCAUGGAUCACAUUAUUUCGUUUGAACUUGUUUUAUCAACAGCUGCUUGUUCGUGCCACACUUGCUGCCCUUGUUGUCCUAUCCAUCGCUCAGUUCACUCGAGGAGUACGCGUCUUGUUUGGAAAGAAUACAGCACGACUGACUGUCCUACUGAUGCUUUGUCAGUUUCAUCUCGUAUUUUGGUCUUCUCGUACUUUACCAAACACGCUGGCGUUACCUUGGGUCAAUAUCGGAUUAUGUCAUUGGCUCACAAGUAUGGCUGAAUCGCACAAACGUACGUACCAUUUAACAUGGAUGACUCGGUAUCUUACAUUCACUGGUGUUGUAUUUAGAUUUGAAGUGGGCAUCCUCUUGGUCGUCUUGCUAGCCAGCGAAUGGGUCAUGAAUCGAUUUCCCUUGUUCAGCAUGAUCCGGACCAUGGUGUUGACUGCUCUAAUUAGUCUAAUAAUUACUGUACCACUUGACUCUUACUUUUGGAACCGCUGGCUAUGGCCCGAGGGCGAAGUAUUCUUCUUUAAUGCUAUUCUCAACAAGAGUUCAGACUGGGGAACAUUACCUUUUCAUGCUUACUUUCUUCACUUCCUUCCUCGUUUACUGUUGGCUUCCUAUCCGCUGUCUAUUAUUGCCUUUGUUCGGGAUAUUCGGGUCAGACGGAUGCUUAUUCCUGUUAUCAUCUACAUUUCUAUAUUCUCAAUUGUCCCUCACAAAGAAUGGAGAUUCAUCAUGUACACUAUCCCUGUAUUUACAGCAGCAGCAGCAACACAAAUGAACGCGCUUUUUGUUCAACGUUGUCGAUCCUAUUUUUAUUAUGUUACCACAUGUAUCGUGAUCAGUGCUGUGUUAGGUUCAGCGUGUAUAGCCUUGAUCAUGUUUCGGAUAUCUUCUUAUAACUACCCUGGCGGAGAUGCACUAAGAGCGCUACAUCUAAUUGAGAAGAACACACCAUUUGUUGCUGUACAUUUGGAUCCCGAAACGGCGAUGACAGGUGCUUCGCUUUUUGGACAACUCAAUCCACAGUGGAAGUACUCUAAAAACGAAUCCCAUGUGGCAGAAGAGGACUUUAUUAAAGCUCGUUACACCCAUUUGUUAACGGCCAACCCAGAAAGUUUCAAUAGUUCCCAGUAUGAAGUGAUUUAUCGGACAUAUGGGAUAGACUAUAUCAAGCUAAUGAUACCUCCUUAUAAAAAUCGUGAUAUUCAGCAAAAUAAGCAUGAGGUUAUUAGCAUUUUUGGGUUACUGCAAAUACAUACAGCACCUAAAAUAUAUAUACUUCGACGUAUUCAGACAGAGGAAACGGAUGAAUCAUAAAAUAUUAUAAUAAAGUUAACUUUGCAGUUAUCAACUCAGUAUUUUACUUUCUAAUUCAGCCAUAGGAAAUUGAACCAAAGAUAUAGUCAACACUAUGAAAGGGCAUACAUGAAGAAGAAGAAUACAGCAGAUAUAUCACAGAUGUGACCAGAGAUAUGAUUUUGAGAAAUAAGACAAAAAGACAAUCCCCUCAUCAAAUAUUGUCCCCAGUUUACUUUGUAUACCGAUCAAAAUAGACAAUGGUGACGAUAAAAGGCAAACCCCAGCAAAGCAACCCUUAAUUAGCAUUUGCAUUGACUGAAUUAAGCAAUCAACUUAAUAAUAG